AUGCCUUUGCUUGCUGAAAGCAGCAAGGGAGAUUUACUGCUCCGCUUGGGAUUUCUGUGUGCCCGUAAAAGCCUUGGGAAGCUCGGAAACUCUCUAGUAAAAGCAUGUACUUGUGAUGAUGCUGACCAAAAUCAAGGUCUAAGGCCGUAUGUGUUGGCAGAGUCCCACCGCCCCGAGCGAAAUAUGAGCACCUCUGGUCACUGGCCGCCCCGGAGCACAAAGCAGCUCCAGGAGGAGCCACCAGCCAGCUCCCUAGGACAGAUUAAGUUUAACCCCACGGUGCGACACAUCGUGAUUAACGAGCACAGGGACGUCACGUUCAAUUGCUCCAUAAAAGUGCCUCAGGUGCUGCUCAGGCCGGACACUCCAAGCAUUUCCUUGUGGAAGGAUGGAAGGGAGCUCCACUUGCUGGACCGCAUCGCCACCAGCCACUUUGAGAUCUCUGAUGAGGAGGAGGUGGCAAUGACCUCUACCUUCAGCAUCCUUGCCACGCAGCGCUCGGAUAACGGCUCCUAUGUCUGCAAACUCAACAUCUCUGGCACGGAGGUGGUGUCAGAUCCCAUCUCGGUGCAGCUGGAAGGGCUCCCACACUUCAUCCGCCAGCCGGAGAAGCUGAAUGUCACCAAGAACAGCCCCUUCAACCUCACGUGCCAAGCUGUGGGCCCGCCGGAGCCUGUGGAGAUCUACUGGUUCCGCAACAACGUCCGCGUCAAUGAGAAGCCACACAUCUCCCCAUCAGUCCUGACUGUGCCAGGUCUGAAUGAACCAGCACUGUUCAGCUGUGAGGCUCACAACAGUAAAGGCCUGACGGCCUCCAACCCGGGGCAGGUCAACGUGAAAGGAAUACCAUCUGCACCCACCAGUGUGCAUGUCCUGAACCAGACAGCCCACGGUAUCCUGAUAUCCUGGGUGCCAGGCUUCGAUGCGUUCUCUGCCUUGAGCAGCUGCAGUGUCCAGGUCAAGGAAGCUGUUCCACAAAGCAACAUCUCAUUUCUGCUCUUCAACACCUCGGUGCCUCCCCACGUGUAUCACAUCCAGCAGCUGGGGCCCAUGGAGGACUAUAGCAUCCGUGUUUCCUGCGGGAAUGAAGUCGGCUGGUCAGCGUUUAGCCCCUGGAUAACUGCCAGCACCACUGAGGGAGCUCCCACCACCCCACCCCUGAAUGUCACGGUGUCGUUCAAUGAAUCCAUCUCCUCCCUGGAGAUCCGAUGGGUGAAGCCGCCCCUGGGGAGGAUCCACGGGGAGCUGCAGGGCUAUCACAUCUGGUACAGGUGGCAGAACUCCAAGGGGUUGCAGAACAUCUCAGCCCAAGCCUGGCAGAAUGCCAGCGUGGCCAUCCUGCCCGUGGUUGCCACCAAUGCCACCUGCUCCAUCGCAGUGGCCGCUGUCACCAAGGGGGGAGUGGGACCUUUCAGCAGCCCAGUGAACAUCUUCAUCCCUGACAAUGGAUUAAUAACCUCAGCCACCUCUUCAACUCCAGCCUUGGGGAAUGGAGACUCCUUUAUUGUAGCCCUGGGCUUCAUCUGUGGGACGAUUGCUGUCGGGCUGGUCCUCUGCUUGUCUGUGGUCAUUCAGAAAAGAUGCACAGAAACAAAAUACGGGAAUGCUUUCAGCCGAAACGACUUGGAGCUGGCAGUGAGCUACACAGCCAAGAAGUCCUACUGCCGGAGAGCUGUUGAACUUACACUGGGCAGCCUGGGUGUCAGCAGUGAGCUCCAGCAGAAGCUGCAGGAUGUUGUUGUGAACAGAAACGCCCUUAGCCUGGGGAAGGUGCUGGGAGAGGGGGAGUUCGGGUCAGUGAUGGAGGGACAUCUCAGCCAGCCCGAAGGUGCCCCACAGAAGGUGGCCGUGAAGACCAUGAAGCUGGAUAACUUCUCCCAAAGGGAGAUAGAAGAGUUCCUCAGUGAAGCAGCGUGCAUGAAGGACUUCGACCACCCCAAUGUCAUCAGGCUUCUAGGCGUGUGCAUCGAGCUGAGCUCCCAGCAGGUCCCCAAGCCCAUGGUGAUUCUUCCAUUCAUGAAAUACGGUGACCUGCACAGCUUCCUCCUUCGCUCGCGGCUGGAGAUGGCCCCGCAGUUUGUGCCCCUGCAGACGCUGGUGAAGUUCAUGGUUGAUAUCGCCCUGGGGAUGGAGUAUCUGAGCAGCCGGCAGUUUCUCCACAGGGAUUUGGCAGCUCGAAACUGCAUGUUACGGGAUGAUAUGACGGUGUGCGUGGCAGACUUUGGGUUGUCCAAGAAGAUUUACAGCGGUGAUUACUACCGCCAGGGCCGGAUAGCCAAGAUGCCAGUGAAGUGGAUCGCCAUUGAGUCCCUGGCUGACCGUGUCUACACCACCAAGAGUGACGUGUGGGCAUUCGGCGUCACUAUGUGGGAGAUCGCCACCCGAGGGAUGACGCCCUACCCAGGGGUGCAGAACCACGAGAUCUACGAGUACCUCUUCCAUGGGCAGCGCCUGAAAAAGCCCGAGGGCUGCUUAGAUGAGCUCUAUGAAAUAAUGUCUGCGUGCUGGAGAGCUGACCCUGCUGCCCGUCCGACGUUCUCGCAACUGAAGGUCCACCUGGAGAAGCUGCUGGAAAGCCUACCCAAAGGAUCCAGAGACAUCAUCUACAUCAACACCAGCCUGCCCGAGGAGAGCCCGGAUUCCACCCAGGAUUCAGGCUUCCCCCAAGCAGACUCUGAUUUGGACCCUGGCGAUGCUGGCGAGCCCUGCCCUGCCCAAGCCUCGGCAGCACUGGUGGCUGUGGAUGUCCACCACAGUGACCCGUGGGGGACGAGGUAUGUCCUGGAGGAGCAGCUCAGCGGCCUGGUGGAGGAGGCCUACGUCCCACUGCUGCCUGAGGGGACAGGGACAACUGGCGAGGACUCGGCAUGGAGCCAGGCCAGCACCUUGCCUGCUGGCAGCUCACUGGUGUCUGGGCUGGCAGAUAGCUGCCUGGAGGACUCCGAAGUGCUGCUGUGA